GAGAGAGGAAGAGAUAGAGAGAGAGGGGAAAAGAGAUGGUUUUCAACAUGGCGCUUCAGGAUUUAUGAAAAUGUAGAUUAAACUGCGAAUUUCCAGUGAAUUAAUGUAAAAAAUGGGGACUCAAAAGCCCCAAGAAUGGGUUUCUGCUCUACUCAUACGGUUUGAAGAGCAGCUACCAUGCCGAACAAUGCCUCAAAAUACUCAUUCAAGAAUAAAUGAGGAACAGAAUAAAAAAUCCUUGAUUGAAAUAAGCAGGCAUCGUUUUUUUCUUGUAAUAUCAGGCCUGACAAAGUGUCUUCAAAGAGUUAAUGAAAUGUGUCAAAAUGUUACGCAAGGAACAAGGCCUCAUGGCCCUGACAUUGAACGUAAUUGUUACGAAAGUUUGCUGAUUGUUUUGGAUACAUUAGAGAGGUGUCUAAGUAACCAACCCAAAGACAUUAAAGACAACACUCGUUUUGAUGAUAAUAUGAAUGUCAAGCUAUUGCUCCGUGAAAUAUGUCAGUUUAUUGAUCCAUCAGAUGGCCCGUAUGUUAUGCAACUCAGAAGUCUUGCUUCAAAGGUGCUGUUCGCACUUAGCCUGAAUUUUUUUCAAGCAGUUUUUAAUCGAAUAUCAUCAAGGCUCCAGGAGUUAAGUGUCAUCAGUGAUGAAAAUCCUGACUACAGUGAUAUAGAACUUAUUCAGCAUAUCAAUGUUGAUGUCUUCAAGCUGACUAAGUUACUGCAAGAAACUAUACAGAAGUUUCGCUUGUUGAAAAAGUCUGCUCAAGUUGUCCUGAUGAUAUCACUUGAGAAAGCUAUAUGGAACUGGAUGGAUACGUAUCCUCAUGAGUUUGCUGAAAUCCAGAAAAAGCCAAAUGAUGAUCUGUCUAAAGGCUGUGACAAUUUAUUUGAUAUUUUAGACACAUCUACAGACAGCAGCAAGAAAGGUCGAGCAGCUGUAUGGCCACUCCAGAUGCUGCUUCUGAUUUUGUCACCUAAAGUUCUUGAGGAAAUUGUCAAUGCUGAUUCUGGAGCUCCAUGCUCACCUAGACACUCAAAGAAAAAAGCGUUUAUUGACAAUGUGAAACGAGCGCUUGGUCCUCAUGGGAACAGUAAACAGUUAACUGAAGCCGCAGCUGUCACAUGUGUGAAAUUAUGCAAAGCUUCCACUUACAUCAAUAUUCUGGACUCAAAUAAUGUGGCAUUCACCCUUGUUCAAAGUAUUAUAAAUGACUUAAAAAACCUUCUCUUUAAUCCUAACAAAGUGUUCACCAGAGGUGCCAGCUAUAUUGUGCAAGACAUUGAUCUCAUGAUAGACUGCUUUGUGUCUUGUUUCCGUAUCAAGCCUCACAAUAAUGAAGCUCUUAAAGUGUGCAUUAAUCCCAAUGUAUCCCCUAACUAUCACUUUGUUUUAAUAAGCUCCCUUUACAGAAUUAUAACUCAGCCCAGGCUCCCUUGGUGGCCACAAAUAGAUUUGGUCUACAACAAAUCAUCUGAGCUAAGGUCAAUGUUCACUGAUACUUUGAAUAAAGUCACUCAGGGUUAUAUAGCACACACACCACUUCGAAUGAUUCAGUCUCUGACCUUGAAGAGCAAAGAUUCUGCAGGAAAAUACAAGGAGCGUGGAGAGGACUUCAACCACCAAAAAAACCUUCUGCUUUGGAUGGUUAGGCUUAUUCAUGCUGACCCAAUGCUCAUGUUAAAUAACCAAGGCAAGGCUGGGCAUGAGAUUCAGAGUUCUACUUUAGAGCUUAUCAAUGGACUUGUAAGUUUAGUUCAUCAGCCCACAAUGCCAGAUGUUGCCCAAGAGGCAAUGGAGGCUUUGCUGGUGCUUCAUCAUCCAGAAAAAAUUGAAGUUUGGAAUCCUGAAGCCCCCAUCAAUACGUUUUGGGAUGUUAGCUCUCAAGUCUUGUUUUCAAUAUCUCAAAAACUCAUCCAACACCAGAUAAUGAACUAUACUGACAUUUUAAAAUGGCUUAGAGAAAUAUUGGUUUGUCGAAAUGCCUUUCUCACAAGACAUAAAGAUUAUGCUAAUGUUGGCAGUCAAAUAGCUAUCUGCAAACAAGCUCAUAUAAAAUUAGAGGUGGUAUUUUUUAUGUAUUUGUGGAGCAUCGAUAUGGAAGCAGUUUUGGUAGCCAUGUCCUGCUUCAGUUUGCUUUGUGAAGAAGCAGAUAUUCGUUGUGGUUCAGAUGAAGUUACUGUAACAUUUCUCCUUCCAAACUACCACAUUUAUCAAGAGCUUGCUCAAGCAUCAACAGUGCUCACUACAGCUACCAGUGGGGACUCAAGAAUUCAUUUUCGUGAACAACACCAUGGCCGAGCAGCUCUUCAAAAACGUAUAAUGGCUCUGCUGCGCAAGAUAGAUCACUGUAUCAAUGGAGUACAACCGGCUUGGGAAGAAACUUUUCGUAACUGGGAGGUAUCCAAGAAUGCUCUGUCCUUAUAUCCAAAGACAAAAUUAGAAGAUGGCCAGAUGGAACCAUUCCAUCGUUCGGUUGGAAAAAGAAGAGCUUCACAUCAAAAUUCAGAACAUGAAUUAGAGGAUCAGAUAAAUGAAUGGGCAAACAUGACAGGAUUUUUGGUAUCAUUAGGAGGUGUUUGCCUUCAGCGAAAGAGUCCUUCACGCAAAUGCAACAUCCUUCCGAAUCAGACUAGCCAAGAGGUUCAAUAUUGCCCUGUUACCCAAUUUGUUGGAGAACUUUUAAAGCUGUUGGUAUGCAAGAAUGAAAAAUUUGGGCCUCAGAUCCAGAAAAAUGUGAAAGAGUUGGUUGGGCACGAAAUGUCUCCGGCACUUUAUCCAAUCCUCUUUGACCAAAUUAAAUUUUUUGUUGAGAAGUUUUUUGAUACUCAAGGACAGGUUGUAGUUGCAGAUCACAAUACACAAUUUAUUGAACAUAUAAUUUUUGUCAUGAAAAAUGUGUUAGAUAGUAAAACUGAUCAGCCUUCUGAGCAUUUGGGGGUUACUUCUAUUGAGGGAAUGAUGCUUGCUAUUGUGAGGUAUGUACGGCACUUGGAUAUGACUGUCCAUGCUAUUCACAUCAAAACGAAGCUUUGUCAGUUGGUGGAGGCGAUGAUGAAGCGGAGAGACGAUCUUGCUUUCCGACAGGAAAUGAAAUUCCGCAACAAAUUAGUGGAGUAUCUUACUGAUUGGGUCAUGGGCACUGCUCAUCAAAUUGCACCCCCAGGACCCGGAGAUGUUGCAACAAUAACAAGCCGUGAUCUGGACCAGGCCUGCAUGGAAGCAGUUGCAGCACUUCUCAGGGGUCUUCCCCUUCAACCUGAAGAAUCUGAUCGAGGGGAUCUUAUGGAGGCUAAGAGUCAAUUAUUUUUGAAGUAUUUCACUCUUUUUAUGAAUUUACUAAAUGACUCAACUGAAAACCAGGAGGAAGUACCUUUGCCUCGACAGAGAGUUCAAUCUAAUAAAAACAACACAUUGCGUCAAGCUACAAUUCAGGCAAUGUCAAAUUUGCUAUCUGCAAACAUUGAUAGUGGACUGAUGCAUUCUAUUGAUUUGGGAUACAACCGGGAUUUACAAACAAGAGCAGCUUUUAUGGAGGUUUUAACAAAGAUUCUUCAGCAAGGGACAGAAUUUAACACUCUAGCAGAAACUGUUCUUGCCGAUAGAUUUGAACAACUUGUUCAACUUGUCACAAUGAUAAGUGACAAAGGGGAAUUACCAAUUGCUAUGGCACUUGCAAGUGUUGUAACAACUUCACAAAUGGAUGAACUUGCUAGAGUAUUUGUUACACUCUUUGAUGCUAAACAUCUUCUUUCACCUCUACUUUGGAACAUGUUUUACCGCGAAGUUGAAGUAUCUGACAGCAUGCAGACAUUAUUCAGAGGAAAUUCUUUAGGUAGUAAAAUAAUGGCAUUUUGUUUCAAAAUUUACGGAGCGGACUACUUGCAGUCUCUCCUGGAACCACUCAUACGACCUCUUCUUGACGACCCCACUCAAAGUUUUGAAAUUGACCCUGCAAGGCUGGAUCCAUCAGAAAGCAUUGAACAAAAUCGUCAGAAUCUUAUUAAUCUUACUGAAAAGGUCUUCAAUGCUAUAGUAUCCUCAGCAGAGAAGUUUCCUCCUCAGUUACGCAGUAUGUGCCAUUGCUUGUACCAAGUUCUGAGCAAACGUUUUCCUCAAUUUCCUCAAAAUAAUAUUGGUGCUGUUGGCACUGUCAUAUUUCUUCGUUUCAUCAAUCCUGCUAUAGUAUCUCCUCAGGAAAUGGGUAUUGUCAACCGCCAAGUUCAUCCUGGGGUCAAGAGAGGACUGAUGCUCAUGUCCAAAAUAUUGCAAAACAUUGCUAACCAUGUAGAAUUCAGUAAAGAACAGCAUAUGCUUCCAUUCAAUGAUAUGCUUCAUGACCAUUUUGAAAUUGGUAGACGAUUCUUCAUUCAAAUUGCCUCUGAUUGUGAAACUAUGGACCAGACAUCACAUAAUAUGUCUUUCAUAAGUGAUGCCAAUGUUCUUGCUCUUCAUCGCCUUUUAUGGAAUCACCAAGAGAGGAUAGGAGACUACUUGUCAAGCAGCAGAGACCACAAGGCUGUCGGGAGACGACCAUUUGACAAAAUGGCCACUCUUUUGGCUUACUUAGGCCCUCCUGAGCAUAAGCCUGUUGAUUCUCACUUAUUGUUCUCAACAUAUGCUCGGUGGAGUUCAAUUGACAUGUCUAGCAACAAGUUUGAAGAAAUCAUGGUCAAACACAAAAUUCAUGAAAAAGAAGAAUUUAAGAGUCUUAAAGCUCUAAAUAUAUUUUACCAAUCUGGCUACAGUAAGGCAGGAUAUCCUGUUUUUUAUUAUAUAGCUAGGAGGUACAAAAUUGGCGAGACUAAUGGAGACUUACUUAUCUACAAUGUCAUCCUUACCUUAAAGCCCUUCUGCCAUUCUUCUUUUGAGCUUGUUAUCGAUUUUACGCAUACAAAUACGGACAACCGAUUUCGUACAGAAUUCCUUCAGAAGUGGUUUCAUGUCUUGCCUGCCAUUAUAAAUGAAAAUAUUAACAUGGUAUACAUUUACAACUGCAACACAUGGGUCCGCGAAUACACCAAGUAUCAUGAUCGAAUUUUGCAGCCCAUCAAAGGAAAUAGGAAGUUAGUAUUUAUUGAGUCGCAGGCAAAGCUGAUUGAAUAUAUUGAUCCUGACCAGCAGAAGCUUCCUGGAGCUACACUUGCUCUUGAUGAAGAUUUGAAAGUGUUCAAUAAUGCCUUAAAACUAUCUCAUAAAGAUACAAAGGUUGCUAUGAAAGUUGGACCAACAGCAAUUCAGAUAACAUCUGCAGAGAAGACUAAAGUGCUGUCUCACUCAGUGCUCCUCAAUGAUGUAUAUUAUGCUUCAGAAAUAGAAGAAGUGUGUCUUGUUGAUGACAAUCAAUUUACUCUUACCAUAGCAAAUGAGUCAGGUCCUUUGAGCUUCAUUCAUAAUGACUGUGAUAGUAUUGUGCAAGCUAUUAUUCAUAUCCGCAAUCGAUGGGAGUUAUCACAGCCUGCUCAGGAUUCUGUAACAGUCCAUCAAAAAAUUCGCCCAAAAGAUGUGCCUGGGACUCUACUUAAUAUGGCAUUGUUAAACCUUGGAUCUUCAGAUCCUAAUCUCCGUACUGCAGCUUACAACCAACUCUGUGCCCUUACUGCAACAUUUGACUUGAAAAUAGAAGGCCAGCUAUUAGAGACAUCAGGACUCUGCAUACCAUCAAAUAAUACCAUCUUCAUUAAAUCUGUUAGUGAAAAGCUUGCUACAAAUGAACCACAUUUAACUUUAGAAUUUCUUGAGGAGUGUGUGCAGGGAUUCAGAGUGUCUACUAUUGAGCUAAAACAUUUGUGUCUUGAGUAUAUGACACCAUGGUUGCCAAAUUUGGUCAAGUUUUGCAAGCAAGAUGAGAGCAAAAGACAGGAUGAAAGCAAACGUCAACAGAAGGUCAAUUCUAUUUUAGAGAAGCUCAUUCAGUUGACUGUCCAAGAAGUGGAAAUGUAUCCCUCCAUUCAAGCAAAAAUAUGGGGUUCGAUCGGGCAGGUUCCUGAACUCAUUGACAUGGUGUUGGAUAGCUUUAUAAAAAGGUCUGGAGAACAUGGGGUAGGGUCUCCUGUUGUGGAAAUUCUUGCUGACACUGCUGUUGCCCUAGCUUCAGCAAAUGUGUCUUUGGUAUCAAGAAAAAUCAUUAAUAGACUUUGUCGGGUUUUAGACAAGACCUGCACAUCUCCAACACAACUACUAGAAGCUCAUGUUUUAUGGGAUGAUAUUGCCAUUCUGGCUCGAUAUCUUUUAAUGUUGUCUUUCAAUAACUGUCUUGAUGUUGCGGUUCAUCUUCCACAUCUCUUUCACACAAUAACUAUGCUUGUGUGUUCUGGAUCUCUCAGUAUGAGGGCUUCCACUCAUGGUUUAGUGAUAAAUACUAUACAUUCCCUCUGUACUUGCACUAAGCCAACCUUUGAUGAAGAUGCUCAGCGAGUUCUACGGUUAAGUUUAGAUGAGUUUUCUCUUCCCAAAUUUUAUCUUUUGUUUGGCAUUAGCAAGGUGAAAUCUGCUGCUGUGACAGCAUUCAGAUCAAGUUACCGUCAUCCAAGUGACAGACUAUUAGGAAAUGAAAGGGUAUUCUCUGGGUUGUCUUCGGAUAGAGAACGUCUCUCACUGACUUCUUUGGAAGUUGUCACAGAUGCUUUACUUGAGAUAAUGGAAGCUUGUAUGCGGGACAUACCCACCUGUGACUGGCUUAGAACUUGGACAACACUUGCAAAGAAAUUUGCAUUCUGUUUCAAUCCAGCAUUGCAGCCCCGGGCACUUAUUGUUUUGGGUUGCAUUAGUAAAAGCAUUACUGAUCAAGACAUUAAACAAUUACUUCGCAUCCUCGUGAAAGCUCUGGAGAGUUUCAAUGACAUGACUCUGCUUGAGGCUCUUGUCAUGUGCCUGACUCGCCUUCAGCCACUUCUUAGACCUGAGUCACCUAUUCACCGAGCCCUCUUCUGGGUUGCUCUUUCAGUAUUGCAACUGGAUGAAGUGUCUUUGUAUGCUUCUGGACUGGCUCUCCUUGAACAGAACUUGCACACACUUGAUUCACAACGAUCAUUUGAGGAAAGGUCUCUGGAGCAAGUCAUGAUGGCAACACGUGAACCGUUAGAAUGGCAUUUUAAGCAGCUAGAUCAUGCUGUUGGCCUAAGUUUUAAAGUGAACUUCCACUUUGCACUGGUUGGGCAUCUACUUAAAGGAUUCAGACAUCCCACUCCUACAACAGUUACUAGGACAACAAGAGUGUUGUCAAUGCUUCUGGGGAUAGUUGCAAAACCUCACAAACGAGAUAAAUUUGAAGUAACACCAGAGAGUGUUGCAUACUUAGCAGCACUUGUUUCUGUAUCUGAGGAAGUUCGAAGCCGAUGCCAUGUCAAGCAUUCAUUAGCUCGAAUGAUGCCAGAUUCAAGCUCUGCUGAAAGUUUUGCUGUUGAUGUAAGGCAUGGAAAUGCUUCAGUCACGCCUCAACUGACAGGCAUGUGUAGCUCAGGCAUCGGGAGUCAAGGCAGUACCACAUCCAGUGCUACAUCUACUCCCAGCACUGACAGGAUUGCUUUGAGUGCUGUUCCCUGUUCUGGUUUUGUUGGAACUGUUAGUAUGACGGCGCCAGCUAACAGACGUCAAAAAUCAUGGGAUAUGUUAGAUCAAAAUGCCCUUUCCCAGGCUAGACAACAGAAGUCUCAGCAGCAGGUGAGCCCAUGCUCUGGUGCAGCCCCACCCCCUUCUAAGGUUUGGCAUAGUCUAGACCUUGGGUCAAACACCCAACCCAACCCCCUUCCUCCUAGGUGGCUGUUUCGAAAUCAGCGUUCCUCAUCUGUUCCGGCUUCCAAAUCCAGUAUCGAGUCAAAUGCUGCAGGCGUGGAUGGGAAAAAUGCUCGCGUCCUGUUCAAAACGCAACGUUCAUUCUCCGUGCCAACUUCUAAAGAGCGGAAGUCAAUGGAGGAAGCUGAAUCCAAGAAUCGUAGUCCACGUGUGUCUGUCUCCAAUGAAAAUAACAUUCUACUUGAUCCAGAAGUUCUGACGGACUUUUCAACUCAGGCAUUGGUACUAACAGUGCUAGCAACACUAGUCAAGUAUGCAACUGAUGAAGGGGAGACAAGAAUAUUGUACCAAUACCUAGCUGAGGCCUCAAUCGUAUUUCCAAGAGUUUUUCCUGUGAUACACAGUCUUCUUGAUGCGAAACUAACAAGUGUGGUCUCUAACUGCCAUGAUCCUGUGAUAUUGAGUGCGGUUCAGAGUAUUGUACAAAAUAUGGUGGCAUGUGAGGACACAACUCAACAACAGCCUCAUUAUAUGCAAACAUGUGGUUUUGGGGGCUUGUGGAGAUUUGCAGGGCCAUUUACCAAGUGUCAAUGUACAGCUGAAAGUGCUGAACUUUUCGUCAACUGUCUGGAGGCUAUGGUUGAGACAUGUUUACCUUUAGAGGAUGGAGAACUGGAACUAGCUCCUUUCCCAUCAAUGCUGAGUGUUUCAAGUAAUGUGAACCUGUCUUCUAGCCUGUCAUCUUUGAAUAUGGGGUCUCCAACAGACAAAGAUAUGGGAAUUGAACUGGGGUCUGAUAAUACCUCAUGCUGCUCAACUUCCCUAGGCCGAAACUCAUAUGGAAAACAGAGGUCAUCAUCAAAUGCCUCCAAAAUUGCAAGCGAUUCAAAAUGAAGAUGGGACAGAACAUUGUUAACUUAACGGAAUUCUAAAUUUUAUGUUGUUGUUAUUAUUACAGUACUAAACUACCUCUAGGAAUUCUGCAAGUAGGGUAGAUGGAUCCAUUCUAUCUUUUAUUAUUUCAAGAAUUUGUUGUAGCUAGAAUCUAAUAUACCUCAUUUUUAUUCAGGGUUUUUUAAAAUGAAGAUUUACAUAUUUAAUCAGUUUAAAUCUUAUGCUAUGUUUCUUGAUAAGCAGCACAGUUUUGAAACAUUCCUGCCUUUUUUUUAGCAGUGACUUUUCUUGUUGGGCGAUACUGUAUUUAUUGUUGUUUUUGCUUCAUUAGACAAUGUGAUAUUGUGAUAAUCAGAAUGUAUAAUGACUAAUUAUUUUAAUCAAAAGGUAGAUAUUGGAGACUGAUUGAUCACACUUAAGACAAGGGACCAAUGAGCAUGGAGUUAAAUGUGCCCCUUUUUCUCUAAUUGUAGUUGUUGUGUGUUCAUCGUCUUAGUAUAAAAUUAAUGUACGAUUAUUACUAUUAUUCUCUUUCCCUUUGUUUCUCUCUCCCUAUCUAUUUAUCUUUUCCUUCAUUUCCUUUAAUUAUUUUUCUGACUGAAGCGUUGUUGCCUAAACUUUUAUGCUCUGUACAGGUACAAAUCCAGUUUUAAUGUAACAUAUCAGUAAUCAUGUGAAGUACUGGUAAUGGACCAAUUUGUGUACAGAAUACCCCAUACAUGGUACUAUUAAUUUUGAAGUUCAUCCUUUUAAUGUAUAUCAUUCUCAAAGAAUGGAGGUAUUCUGUGGUAUUCUUAUCUCAGGGACGGAUUCUAAAUUCAGUUUUAGGAGAAAAUAAGGGUACAUGGAAAUUUUAGUAAAGUUUGAAAAGUACAAAUUUGUGAACACCAAUAAAUACUUUUGUGCCGCCUUCUAAAUCAUAAGUGGCAUUCACACAAGGGGGCUUUCAGAACUCUUGUUAAAUUUUAUUCGUAUGGAUAAUUUUCAAAGCAAUAGACACAAGUUCUUAUAUACCUAAUUAUUUAGUGCACAGAAUAUGAUCUGUUCUCCCUUUCCCAUAGAACUCUCUGAGUAUUACUCUUGAGAUGUCAUUGACCAUGAACAUUGAGUUCUAGGACUUUACAUGAACCUAUUUACAUCACUUUCAUGAAAAUGUCUUGUAGGACAACUAUUUUGUUAUACUUAAUUUUUUAAACCUCCUACCUGUAUGCCGGAAAUUAGUAAUUAGUUUUGUUGGGAAGGAUUACUUUUGUUUGAACAGUUCAGAUAGCAGAGAUCCAAGCCCAUCAUAGAUAUUGUAGAACUUGUUUUCAAAUUUUAUCGUUUGUGUCUGUUUUUGCACUUAAAAUGUUACAAGCUGCGUUAAAAAAAAAAAAAACUAAAAAAAACUGUAUUGUGGAUGUGCCAACUAUUGCCAACUUUUGUUUUAGAAAUUUGCGCGUCUCAAAACUUGAUCAUUGAUAUUUAUCAAGUACAACACCUUGUGCACAAUUUUAUAGUGUUGUCAGCUAUGCUGGUAGUUUUAAAAUAAAAAGUUUGUUGACAGGCUAUGUCAUAUAGUAGAGUACAAUUUUGUGUUAUGUGGUUUUGAUGAAGUUCUAAGAAUAAAGGGAUUAUUUUUAGGAACAUCAGUAACAUGCUUUUACAUUACAAUGUUACUAAAAAAAAAUAAUUAGCAAAUGAACAUUUUAACUCUUAUCUUGUAAACUAACGUCUAAAAUUGUAGAUAUAGGCUUAAUGGAUUUUCCUCUUGGGGAAACUAUUCCAGUUGAGCCGGUAUGUUAUUAACAAAAUAUUUUGUAACCUAAUGUUUGUCCUCUUCAGAUUUUGUCUUUUAAAAUCUUCAAAUUUUAUUCCUGUUAUCGUGUGAAAUUGUACAAAGGAUGGGGCAGAGCACAAGGACACUCAACUGUAUUUUAGUAGAGAUAACUAAAUGAAAUAUGACCUUGUAAUUUUUCUUAAUGUUUGUGGAUCUUUUAUUAUGAUUGUUGCUUUAUUCCAUCUACCAGAAUUUUCCUGUGGAUUUUGAAGCUUGUGUAGGGCGAGAUAUUUAAAUUGAUGUACUUUAACAUAAGUAGUGCUGGCCUCUCUUCUAAGUUUGAGAUGUACAUUGAUUCCAAUUAUUUUAACGAUAAAAUGUUCAUAAAGGGAAAAGAUUUUUGUAAAAAAUAAAGAGAAGAAAGAAAAGAAUAAGUUCCUUAAAUAAAUUUUUAGUCUUAGAGUGAGAUCUUGGAUUACUUUGUCUGUGAUGUGAUGAAACUUAUUGAUACUUAUUGAUUUACAAGUGAAUUAAAUGUUGAAUGCUGUACACAA